ACAUCCCAGUUGAAAGGUUAAAGACGUCAACCGCACGCUGCCGGGAACGAGGACAACAACAAACCCCUGAAUUAGCCAAACGUUAGCAUUGUGUUAAAAUAUCUUAUUUUUCUGUGUUGAUACUGUUUUUUUAUUUGUGAAAAUGUCGAAAAUGGCUAAGGAUAUCCUAAAGAUGGACCUUUAUGGUUUACUCGGAAUUGACAUCACUGCUACACCAAAAGAGAUCAAGAAAGCUUAUCGACAGAAAGCCUUGACAUGCCAUCCAGACAAGAACCCAGACAACCCAAAAGCAGUGGAGCUCUUCCACCAGUUGUCCCAGGCUCUCGAGGUGCUAACUGAUGCUCCUGCCAAGGCUGCCUAUGACAAGAUCUGCGCUGCCAAGAAACAAGCAGAAGAAAGACACAGGAAGCUAGAUGAUAAGAGGAAGAAAAUAAAACUCGACUUGGAGUCCAGAGAGCAACAAGCAGAAGCUCAGACUCAGGAUGAGGCCUUUAACACUAGAACACUUGAAGAAGAGAUAGCCCGUUUGAGAGAGGAGGGAUCCAGGCAGCUCGAGGAGGAACAGAGGCUUAUCAGAGAGCAGAUCCAGAGAGAAAGAGAAACACAGCAGACAGGAAGCUACACAAUCUCAGGAGUGGUGAGAUGUUCCAAAACCAAUGUGACCCCCAAAUUGAAGCUGAAGUGGAAGUGUAAAAAAGAUGACCAAACGAACGGAGGCUACUCUCAAGACAUUCUUUUCAGACUUCUACAAAAGUAUGGGGACGUGUCGAAUGUGAUUGUAUCGAGUAAGAAGAAAGGAAGCGCUGUGGUUGAAUUUGCGACUGUGCGAGCAGCUGAGCUGGCAGCUAUGAAUGAAAGUGGCCUGAGUGAAAACCCCUUGAAGAUUUCGUGGCUCGAGGGACAGCCCGAGGUUAUUGCUCCAGCAUCUCAACCUGGCCUGUUCAUGUCUUCACAGGGUCAACUGUCAAAUGAGCGCGACUAUGAGAGCGUGGUGAUGAUGAAGAUGAGACAGGCGGCUGAGCGACAGAAGCUCAUAGAACAAAUCCAGAAGGAAGACGAUGAUGAAGCCUAGUCACGGCACAGCUCGGAACCAGCCUGCAACAAAUCCAUCAAUACCUGUUUUAGGCUUUAGUUUCAUAAAGCCUUUUAAUUAUUUUGUUUUUGUUUUUUGUAUGCAAUACACUAUGUUAAAAAAUAAAUAUUUUUAAUGACUAAAAAUCAACAUUUUAAAAUCUGUGGUUCUAAUCGACGUGUCAUGUUUUUUUCCUUUGAUAAGAACGUAGGAUGACAGAGAGACAGAGUAGAGAAGAAGUAAGAGCUGCUGCAGUGGUGACCCAGAGGUAGGAUCAUAAUGCUCAGGCUGCAGGGAGGACUCAGUACUGCACACUAUUGCGUGUAUAUAUUUUAAUUGUAAAUUGGUCUUUUUGUUCAAAAUAAAGAGUACAAGCCUGCAGCAUGUAUUGCGUUUGCGGUUCCAUCUGUUUCAGAUGGUUACAAAAUCUAUUCUGUUGACUUUGCUGCAAUAAA